AUGCCCCCAGCAGUGAGGUGGUCAGCCAGGAGCGCCGGAUGGCUGUGGAUCUUGGGGGCAGCCCUGGGGCAGUGUCUGGGAUAUAAUUCACAGCAGCAGAAGUUAGCGUUUCUUCAGCUUCCCGGUCAAAGCCAUCUGCAAGCAACUUAUGUGGACUUUAAACCCAGCCAGGGUUGUAGUCCUGGGCACUAUCGCGAUAACAAAGGCCCGUAUACCGGACGAUGUGUUCCCUGCAAUUGUAACGGACACUCCAGUCGAUGUCAGGAUGGCUCGGGAAUAUGUAUCAACUGCCAGCACAACACUGCGGGAGAACACUGUGAGCGCUGCAGAGAGGGUCACUAUGGGAAUGCCAUCCAGGGGUCCUGUAGUGUCUGCCUGUGUCCUCAUUCAAACAGUUUUGCCACUGGCUGUGUUGUGAAUGGGGGAAACAUGAGGUGCUUCUGCAAACCUGGUUACACAGGCACACAGUGCGAAAGGUGUGCACCAGGAUAUUUUGGGAAUCCCCAGAAGCUUGGAGGUAGCUGCCAACCAUGCAAUUGUAACAGCAAUGGCCAGUCGGGCAGUUGUCACCCCCUGACUGGAGACUGUAUAAACCAAGAGCCCAAAGAUAGCGGCCCUGGAGAAGAAUGUAAUGAUUGUGACAGCUGUGUGAUGACACUCUUGAACGACCUGGCCACCAUGGGUGAUGAACUCCACCUGGUCAAGUCUCAGCUGCACGGCCUGAGUGCCAGUACUGGCUCUCUGGAGCAGAUGAAACACUUGGAGACCCAGAUCAAGGACCUGAGGAAUCAGUUACUCACCUACCGUUCUGCCAUUUCAAAUCAUGGAUUAAAAAUGGAUGGUCUAGGAAAGGAACUGGGUAGUUUGAAUCGCGAAUUUGAAACUUUGCAAGAAAAGGUUCAAGUAAAUUCUAGAAAAGCACAAGCAUUACACAACAAUGUUGAUCGGACAACCCAAAGCGCGAAAGAGCUGGACACAAAGAUUAAAAAUGUCAUCCAGAAUGUGCACAUUCUCUUGAAGCAGAUCUCUGGGACAAGUGGGGAAGGAAACAACCUGCCUUCAGGGGAUUUUUCCAGAGAGUGGGCCGAAGCAGAGCGCAUGAUGACAGAGCUGCGGAACCGCAACUUUGGAAAGCACCUGAAAGAAGCAGAAGCUGAAAAAACAGAGGCUCGGCUCUUGCUGACUCGGAUAAAGAGCUGGCUGGAAGACCACCAAGGGGAGAACAGGGCACUUGUUAAGAAUAUACGGGAUUCUUUACAUGACUAUGAAGCCAAACUCAGUGACCUGCGUGCCGUGCUACAGAAGGCAGCUGCGCAAGCAAAGCAGGCCACUGGCCUCAACCGAGAGAAUGAGAAGGCUUUGGAAUCCAUCAAGAUGCAAGUUCAAGAAAUGAAUUCCCUGCAGAGUGAUUUCUCCAAGUACCUAGCCACCGCGGACUCUUCCUUACUGCAGACCAACAUGCUUUUGCAGCGGAUAGGGAAAAGCCAGGAGGAAUAUGAAAAGUUAGCUGCCACUUUAAAUGAAGAAAGACAUGGGCUAAGUGGCAAAGUGAGAGAACUUUCCCAGUCCACCAGCAAAGCGUCCCUGGUGGCGGAGGCAGAAGCGCAUGCACAGUCCUUACAAGCGUUGGCAAAGCAGCUGGAGGAGAUCAAGAGGAACACCAGUGGGAACGAGCUGGUGCGCUGUGCGGUGGAUGCCGCCACCGCCUAUGAGAACAUCCUCAACGCAAUCAAAGUGGCUGAGGAUGCUGCCAACAAGGCCACCAGCGCGUCCGAGGCAGCCCUCCAGACAGUGAUAAAGGAAGAUCUUCCAAGAAAAGCGAAAACUCUGAGUUCCGACAGUGAUAAACUCUUAAAGCAAGCCAAGAUAACACAGAAGCAGCUCCGGCAAGAAAUCAGCCCAGCUCUCAACAACCUACAGCAGACUCUGAAAGUUCUGACAGUUCAGAAAGGGCUGAUUGACACCAAUCUCACUGCCAUCCGCGACGACCUUCGUGGGAUACAGAGAGAUGAUAUCAGUGGUAUGAUCAGUAGCGCAAAGAGCAUGGUCAGAAAUGCCAACGACAUCACAAAUGAGGUGCUCGACGGGCUGGGCCCCAUUCAGACAGAUGUGACAAGAAUUAAGGAUACCUAUGGGAGAACACAAAGUGAAGACUUCAACAAGGCUCUCACCGACGCGGAUAACUCAGUAAAUAAAUUAACCAACAAACUGCCCGAUCUUUUGAGCAAGAUUGAAAGUAUCAACCAACAGCUGUUGCCACUGGGCAACAUCUCUGAUAAUGUGGACCGUAUCCGGGAGCUAAUUCAGCAGGCCAGAGAUGCUGCAAAUAAGGUUGCUGUCCCCAUGAGGUUCAAUGGUAAAUCUGGAGUUGAAGUCCGGCUGCCGAAUGACCUAGAAGAUUUGAAAGGAUACACAUCUCUUUCUUUGUUUCUCCAAAGACCUGAAUCAAGAGAAUAUGGGAGGACUGAGAAUAUGUUUGUGAUGUACCUUGGAAAUAAAGAUGCCUCCAGGGACUACAUCGGCAUGGCAGUUGUAGACGGCAAGCUCACGUGUGUUUACAACCUGGGAGAACAGGAGUCUGAACUCCAAGUGGACCAGAGCGUGACCAAGAGCGAAACUCAGGAGGCAGUAAUGGACCGGGUGAAAUUUCAGAGAGUUUAUCAGUUUGCAAGUCUAAAUUACACCAAAAAAGCCACAUCCAGUAAACCAGGAACACCCCAAUUCCAUGAAAUGGAUGGUGGAAGCAGCCACACGCUUCUCAAUCUGGAUCCUGAAAAUGUUGUAUUUUAUGUUGGAGGUUACCCACCUGACUUUAGACUUCCUGCUAGACUGAGGUUGCCUUCAUACAAAGGUUGUAUUGAAUUAGAUGACCUCAAUGAAAAUGUCCUGAGCUUGUACAACUUCAAAAAAACUUUCAAUCUCAACACAACUGAAGUAGAGCCUUGUAGAAGGAGAAAGGAAGAGUCAGACAAAAAUUAUUUUGAAGGUACAGGCUACGCUCGAAUUCCAACUCAACCAAAUGCUCCCAUCCCAACCUUUGGACAGACAAUUCAGACCACUGUGGAUAGAGGACUGCUGUUCUUUGCAGAAAACAAGGAUCGCUUCAUAUCUCUAAAUAUAGAAGAUGGCAAGCUCCUGGUGCAAUACAAACUGAAUUCAGAGCCACCGAAAGAAAAAGAAGUUACACAGGUUGUCAACAAUGGAAAAGACCAUUCGAUACAGAUCAUAAUCGGAAAAACCCAGAAACUUAUGAGGAUAAAUGUGGAUUUGUAUAACAGCAUAAUUGCUGGUGACAUAUUUGAUUUCAGCACAUAUUAUCUGGGAGGAAUUCCAGUUUCAAUCAGGGAAAGGUUUAACAUUUCUACACCUGGUUUCCGAGGCUGCAUGAAAAACCUGAAGAAAACCAGCGGUGUUGUUAGGUUGAAUGAUACUGUGGGAGUCACAAAAAAAUGCUCAGAAGACUGGAAGCUCGUGCGAUCUGCCUCAUUCUCCAGGGGUGGACAAUUGAGGUUCACCAAUUUGGACCUCCCUUUGCCCAACGAAUUCCAGGCCUCCUUUGGGUUUCAGACCUUUCAGCCGGGUGGCAUGUUAUUUAAUCUCCAGGCACAGACACGGAACCUGCAGGUCUCCCUGGAAGAUGGUCACAUUGAACUGAACACCAGGGAUAGCAACAGCCCGAUUUUUAGAUCUCCGCAGACGUACACGGAUGGUUCACUGCAUUAUGUAUCUGUCAUAAGUGACAACUCUGGCCUCCGGCUUCUCAUUGAUGACCAGACUCUGAAAAGUAACCAAAGGCUACAGGACUUGUCGGGUUCCCAGCAUCCCCUGUAUCUGGGCGGGAGUCACUUUGAGGGUUGCAUCAGCAACGUCUUCAUCCGGAGGCAAUCAGGGAGCCCUGCGGUCCUGGACUUGGCCAGUAAAACUUUCAAGAGAGAUGUGUCCCUGGGAGGCUGCAGUUUAAACCCACCACCUUUCCUCCUGUUGCUCAGAGGUUCUAUGAGGUUUAACAAAUCCCACACUUUGAAUAUCAAUCAGCCAUUGCAGGACACGCCAGUGGCCUUUCCACGGAGCAUGGACAUGUGGCGAGAGGCUCAGUCUUGCCUACCACCUCCCCGGGCCCAGGCCAGUCAUGGAGCCCUCAGGUUUGGGGACAGGCCCACCAGCCACUUGCUAUUCACGAUUCCCCAGGAGUUGGUGAAACCCAGGUCACGGUUUGCUGUGGACGUGCGGACGGCUUCCUCCAGAGGCCUUGUGUUCUACUCGGGCUCUCAGAACUCCUACAUGGCGCUGUAUCUCUCCAAGGGACGGCUCGUCUUUGCCUUGGGGGCAGGAGGGAAGAAGCUGAGACUCAAAAGCAAAGAGAAGUGCAACGACGGGCAGUGGCACACGGUGGUGUUUGGGCAAGAUGGAGAGAAGGGGCACUUGGUUGUGGAUGGUCUGAGGGCCCAGGAGGGAAGUUUGCCUGGAAAUUCCACCAUCAGCCUCAGAGCACCAGUUUACCUGGGAUCGUCUCCCUCAGGGAAGCCAAAGAGCCUCCCCCAAAACAGCUUUGUGGGAUGCCUGAGGAACUUUCAGCUGGAUCUGAAACCCCUGGACACCCCUUCUGUGAGCGUUGGUGUGUCCCCCUGCGUGGAUGGCUCUUUGGAGAAAGGCAUUUAUUUCUCCCAGGAAGGAGGUCAUGUCAUCCUAGCUAACUCUGUGCUGUUGGGGCCCAAAUUUAAGCUGGUCUUCAGCAUUCGCCCAAGAAGCCUCACUGGCAUCCUAAUACACGUCGGGAGUCAGCCAGGGAGGCACUUAUGUGUUUAUAUGGAGGCCGGAAAGGUCACGGCCUCUGUGGACAGUGAGGCAGGUGGGAUCUUGACAUCGGUCACACCAAAGCGAUCUCUGUGUGACGGACGGUGGCACUCCGUGACAGUCACCAUGAAACAACACAUUCUACACCUGGAGCUGGACGCAGAGAAUAGCUACACAGCUGGACAGCUCCCCUUCCCGCCUGGCAGCGCUCCUGAGCCACUACACAUUGGAGGUGUCCCAGCUGGUUUGAAGACACUGAAGCUCCCGGUGUGGAAAUCAUUUUUUGGCUGUCUGAAGAACAUUCGAGUCAACCACGUUCCCAUCCCUGUCACAGAAGCUGUGGACACCCAGGGCACUGUCAGUCUGAAUGGCUGUCCUGACCACUAACUCAAACCCAUCACACAGCAAGGGAAGUCACCUCCAAGAGCCCAGUUCCCCAACACACCUCCCUCUCUCCCUGCAGGAUCAUUCUUGACUUAAGACACCCUCUAGACCGGGUUGCUAGCAAGUCGCAUUUUGAAUUCUGACCACACAUAACUCAUCAUCUUGGCACUCAGUGCUCCAUGUGUAUUUUAUAUAGAAAUCCCAUUUCUUGAAGAUGAUGAACAAAUUGUUACACGCUUUUGGUAAUCUCCUUUCCCACUAAAAAUGAAAUGUCUUUUAAAGAACGUUGUCUUCCACCUGUUAAAAAAAAUAUCUUUUAAAGCACUUUAAAAACACAAAAAUUGUACAUGUGUUAAGGGGUUAUAACUUAUGGGGUUAAAUAAAGGCAGUGUACU